CUCGCGGAGAGUCAGCUCCUCACCCAGUCCAGCCCGGCCGUGCUCCGCGGGCGGCUUCCUCGUCGCCCCGGCAACCCGGGUCUCCACCAAUGGCAGCGGCGCGGCGCGGUCACGUGGUCCCGCCCCUUCCCCGGCGGCAACAACAUGGCGGCCGCUGCGGUCGGUGGCGGCGGGGUGUGAAGGCCCCUGCGGCGGCCGUGCAGCCCUCACGAUGGCAUCGCCGAUCUUGGGGGCCUCGCGUGGAAGCCCGGACGCGCUCCCCGCCGACUUCGCUUCGCAGGAAGACGAGGAGGGCGAUUCUGCAGACUGGACGAGCUCCUCGGGCUCCUGCGCCUCGGCCAGCGGCGCUUCCGAUGAUCUGGAGCCUGAGUGGCUGGACAGUGUGCAGAAAAAUGGAGAACUGCUGUACUUGGAGUUGAGUGAGGGUGAAGAGGAGAGCCUCCUUCCUGAGACACCAACUGUGAACCACGUCAGGUUCAGUGAAAAUGAGAUUAUCAUUGAAGAGGAUGACUACAAAGAAAGAAAAAAGUGUGAACCCAAACUCAAGCGAUUUACCAAAAUUUUAAAAAGUAAAAGACUUUUACCCAAGCGCAACAAUAAAAAAAAUAGCAGUGAUAAUGGGCCAGUAUCCAUUCUAAAGCAUCAGUCCAAUCAGAAGACAGGAGUCAUUAUCCAACAGCAGUACAAAGAUGUGAAUGUUUAUGUGAAUCCCAAAAAGCUCACCGUCACAAAAGCCAAAGAACAGCUCAGACUUCUAGAAGUGCUGGUUGGAAUUAUCCACCAGACCAAGUGGAGCUGGAGGAGAAGUGGGAAGCAGGGCGAUGGAGAGAAGCUUGUGGUCCACGGCCUGUCGCCAGGAGGGUCUGCUAUGAAGAGUGGUCAGAUAGUAGUUGGUGAUGUCCUUGUUGCUGUGAAUGAUGUUGAUGUGACCUCUGAGAACAUAGAGAGAGUUCUGUCUUGCAUUCCUGGACCUAUGCAGGUGAAACUGACAUUUGAAAAUGCGUAUGCUGUAAAAAAGGAAACACACCAACUAAGAAAGAAGAAGGCACAGUCUAACACAAAUGAUUUAGUCACACUGCUGUGGGGAGAAGAGGCUGGGAGCAUCCCGCAGAAUAUGGUGAACUUGCCUCACAUCAUCAUGUACCUCACGCUGCAGCUCGACUCGGAGAUCUCGAAGGAAGAGCAGGAAAUUCUUUAUCACUAUCCAAUGUCUGAAGCAUCUCAGAAGCUUAAAAGUGUAAGAGGAAUUUUUCUUACACUCUGUGACAUGCUGGAAAAUGUAACUGGGACACAGGUUACUAGCUCAUCUCUCCUUUUAAAUGGAAAACAAAUUCAUGUGGCUUAUUUGAAACAAUCUGACAAGUUGUUGUUAAUUGGCUUGCCUGCUGAAGAAGUUCCUCUUCCUCAGCUAAGGAAUAUGAUAGAAGAUGUUGCCCAAACUUUAACAUUUAUGUAUGGUUCUUUAGAUAGGUCCUUUGGCCAGGUUGAGAAUGCUCCUCGUUUGGAUCAUUUCUUCACCUUGUUCUUUCAAAGAGCGCUGCAGCCUGCCAGCCCCCCUCCCUGUGCCAGUCCCAGUGCUUGGCAGAACGAAGCUUCCAGUGCAGCGCUUUUAGACAACCUCCCUGGAGUUCGGUGGCUCACACUUCCACAGGAAAUCAAGAUGGAACUAGACACAGCAUUAAGUGACCUGGAGGCCGCAGAUUUUGCAGAACUGUCUGAGGAUUACUAUGACAUGAGACGGCUAUAUACAAUUUUGGGCUCUUCUCUAUUUUACAAGGGUUAUUUGAUAUGCAGUCAUUUGCCUAAGGAUGAUCUUGUUGAGAUUGCCGCGUACUGUCGCCACUAUGGCCUGCUGUCUUUAGCAGCAAAACAAAGGAUUGGUCAGUUGAUAGUAUGGAGAGAAGUGUUUCCUCAACAUCACCUCCAGCUUUCUGCAGACUCAAGCACAGAAGCCUUUCAGGAACCGGAAGGGAGAUAUUUUUUGCUAAUUGUUGGAUUGAGACAUUAUAUGUUAUGUGUGCUAUUAGAAGCUGGAGGCUGUGCAUCUAAAGCUAUUGGGAAUCCUGGGCCUGACUGUAUAUAUGUGGACCAGGUCAGAACAACUCUUCACCAGCUGGAAGGAGUAGACUCCCACAUAGAUGAACACCUAGUGUCUUCUCCAGGCCCCUGUUUGUCUUGUGCUGACUGGUUCCUUUCUGGAACACGUGAGAAAACUGAGAAUUUGACAGCUUCCCCUAUUCUCAGCAGGCUGCAAGGUCCUUCCAGGACAGCAGCCUCUCCAACAUGCAGAAGAACCCUUUUUGGUGACUAUUCCUUAAAGACACGUAAGCCCAGUCCCUCCCGAAGCAGUGGAGGAUCUGACAAUGGUUGUGAAGGUGGAGAAGGUGCUGGCCUUAGCCUCCACACCACACCGGAUGCAAUACAAAAGCAGAGAGACUUUCAGGGCUCUGAUUGCUCAGAAGAAAGUGGAACCUUGCUUAAGAUCACUAAAAAAAAGUCUACCCUUCCAAAUCCAUUUCAUUUGGGAAAUUUGAAAAAGGAUCCUUCAGAAAAAGAAUUGGAAAUAUAUAACACAAUGAAAUUGACAUCUGGUCCUGAGAACACACUUUUCCACUAUGUUGCCUUAGAAACAGUUCAAGGAAUCUUCAUUACUCCUACCCAUGAAGAGGUGGCACAGCUCAGUGGCUCUGUCCACUCACAGCUAAUAAAGAAUUUCCAUCAGUGUUGUCUUUCCAUUCGUGCAGUUUUCCAACAGACUUUGAUGGAAGAGAAAAACAAGGCACUAAAUGGUGGAGAUCGUGCUGAUUCUACAAAUUCGCUGUCCUCUCUUAACCCUGUGAAGGAAUAUGGUGUGUUAUUUGAAUGCUCACCUGAAAACUGGACUGAUCAGAAAAAAACACCACCAGUUAUGGCCUACUGGGUAGUAGGGAGACUCUUUCUUCAUCCAAAACCUCAGGAACUUUAUGUCUGCUUUCAUGACUCAGUCACAGAAAUUGCCAUUGAAAUGGCUUUUAAAUUAUUCUUUGGAUUAACCUUGUAGUUGUGUUUUGAUGAUUAAUAGCAACAUGAGUGACAUGUGGAACAGUGUUAAAAUUGCUGAAAUCAAUACACAAGAGAUAAUGUUUAUUUUCACUGUUCAACAUUGAACAUAAUAUUGUUAUUGAGAUGAAAUGCUGUUGGACUUGAUGCAUCAAGCCUUUUGUAGUAUUGUGAGACAUUGGAGAAGAUAGUUGAUUGAAAUAUAUAGAAGGGAGUGUUAACUUAUUGCCAUUUUGGUAUAUAAUAUUAAUUUAUUGACUAGUUUGAAAUAAUGUAAAUUGUUUCAUAUAAAGUUAAUAUAGAAAAUGUUUAUUUGGGAAAACACCCAAUUUGUUGUUUAUUUUUCUCAAAACUAGUAUAUUUGGUCAAAGAAUCUUGAAAUUAGGAGGAGGUGACCAGGUUCUGUAAUAAAUUAGGGCGGUGACCUCAUGCAAGUUUUUGCACCUCUGAGGUCAGAGGUUUCAUGUAUAAAUGCAAUAACCUAUUCUGAGGUUUUAUGUAAAAUGUGCUACCUCCCCUCGCCCUUGCCUUUGGUUAGUUCCUAAAUUUGUAAUGUCCAAACACUGAUUUCUUUAUAGGUCAAGUGCUCUUCACUAGUAUAAGUAUUUGAGUGGAUACCUCACUGCAGAGGAGAAGGGAAAGAUGAAAAUCAAACUUAGUUUUUACUUAUUUUUCUUUACUCUUUUAGAUAACAAUCUUAGUCUAUUUUGACUCAGAUAUGUUUUUUAAAUUAUUUACCUAUAAACAUUCAUUUUUAUUUUUAAGGAUAUUCAAAUAUACAUAUACAUAUUUUAUAUAGUUCAUGAAAUUCAAGACAGUUAUAUGUAAAUUGUUUUUAAAACCAAAUCAUGUUAAAAAUACUGAAAAGAAUAGCUGAAGAAAUCCUAUGGUGACUUCUUUUGUAAAAUGCUCACAUUUGACUUACAAAUAAGGAUCAUUAUAUAUUGGGUUUUCCAUAUGGGGAACACUUGGAUGAAUAAGAGUUUAUUUGACCUUCCAUAGAGAAGAAGAAAAAAAAAAACUAAUUGGAUAAGAAUUUUCUUUGGCAUGAGAAUUUGGUAGGUUAAGGGAAAGAAAGGAAGAACAUAACAAAUACUGCAUUUGUAGUUACCAUGUACCAAGUAGGUCCUUCAUCCACCUCAGAUGCCCCCAAAACUUAACAAUACUGGGUUGUUUUUCUUCAAGACUUAAGUGUUGGAAGAGCUGUACCAGCCCAUAUAAAAUCAGUUUCUGCAUAUCACCUGCUUCAAACAUGAGCGCUUCAGCUUGGAACUAAUUACAGAACAUUGUGGGUGCACCAUUUAAGUCACUGAUCUUAGAAAAAAAUACUGUUAUCUGUCAUCAGUCUAAAAGAUUUUCAUCUGAGUAUUUAAGAUGCAAAUCCCUGCAUAUUUAUUUCAUUAGGUACUUGGGGGCCUUGAUUUUGACAUUCAAAUCAAGGUAAGAAAUCUUAGUUCUUGAAAUAAUGUAAAAAAUAGCUUUAAAUGUCUUCCCCUUAGGAUCACAAUACUGAGCUGCAUGGUAGACUUUUAAACUCUGUUGUAGGACUGCUUGUGUGCAUAUGUGUGUAUUAAGGCACUUUAUUUAAAUAUAGUCAUUACAUGGCUUAAGUUUCUGUAUGUGUCCUCCCCAACUAUCAGCUGUUUCUAAUACUGGUAGUUAUUAAUAAGUAGAGCCAUCAAUCACCUCAGGUUUUUGACAGACUGCACCAAGACUUGAUAUUUUAACACAAGGAACUUUCUUUCAUUUAAUGAAAUUCUGGUCUGCUUUCUUAGUAUCAAGCAAUCGUGAGGCAUCACUCAAUAACUGAAAUAAAAAGGCAAAGCAGACUGCUGGUCUUUUUUGUUGCUGUUCUUUUUUAGUUAUAUAUGACAUAGAGUGUAUUUUGACAUACGUAUACAUGGUGUAUAACUUCCCAUUUUUGUGGUUGUACAUGGUGUGGAGUUACACUGAUCAUGAAUUCAUAUGUGAACAUAGGAAAGUUAUGUCUGAUUCAUUCUACUGUCUUUCCCAUUCCCGUCCCCGCUCUAUUCACCUUAUUGCCCCUGCUGAAUCCGGUGAACCUCCGCUCCCCACCCCCUGCCUAUUGUGAGUUAGCAUCAGCACAUCAGAACAUUCGGCCUUUGGUAUUUGGGAUUGGUGUAUUUCACUUAGCAUGAUAGACUACUGAUCUUAAUAAAAGAGGACCGUCUGCUAUGUUGUAGGGGCACUGUAAUCGCCAUGUUGUGGAGACUUGAACUUUUAAGAAAUAAAACCAAGCAUUAUCUUGUUUUUCAUUUCUAAAUGAAUUAAACAUUAUAGGUAAACUUCCCCAUUUUUCAGAUAUGUUCAGAUUUACAUUGAAGAUAGACCAAUCUAAUUAUUUGGUAAUAAAGGGGGACAGAGUGACAGUGCAGAUACUCCAGAAAUAUGCUUUAGCAGAAAUUUCUUAAAGUUAUAUUUUAUGGGUGUCUUGCUGAUCUUGCCUUCCAUUAAAGACUAUUAAUGUGAGAAACUAAAACUAGCGUUUUUAUUCUAAUUUGUUAUGUAUGACAGAAUGCAUUUCAAUUCAUAUUACACUUACAGAGCACAAUUUUUCAUAUUUCUGGUUGUACACAAAGUAGUGUCACACCAUUGAUGUCUUAAAACAUAUGCUUAGGGUAAUAAUGUCCAUCUCAUUCCACCUUUCCUACCUCCAUACCCCCUUCCUUCCUCUCCCUCCCCUUUGCCCUAUCUAGAGUUCGUAUAACUAGCAUUUUUAGAAAUAUCAAGUACUCUCUUAUUGCUUGAUAUUUUAAAAAAUAUUGGUACUGUCAUAUUGCUUAUUGGUUAGUCCCCCCCCCCAAUUACAUUGUAGACUCUAACUUUCUGUCUACCCAUUGCUGUUUCUCCCUCCACUCUUUCCUUAGCUCUUCCUUAUUUCUUUUUGUCCUGUCACAGAACUAAACCUGGCAAGGGAAUGUUUCUUGUUUGUGCCAAGGAACUAUAGAUGAUGAUACAUAGUGACAAAAUAGUAAUUUGGCAGUACCUGCUUUUUUCAUGUUUCUAAUACAAAUUGUGGAACAGAUUUUGCUGGUUUGUGUGCUUUGACCAUUAUUCAUUGUAUUUGUUAGUUCUCUCUAAAUAACGACUGGGAUACAUUAUGUAUUAUUAAAGUGUCAGCUAAUACCACCGUUUAUGAUUACUCUCAAAUAUCCAUUGGUUGAAAACCAAGGGAGUGAGCUAAGUCUUACCCGUGACUGUAAAACAUCUUGGAAAGAAGCUGAGAACAAUUAUUCAUUAUAAACAGUUUUAAGGACUGUUAAAACUUUGGAUAUUUAAAAAUACACAAUUCUGAUUCUGCAAUCUGCAUACAGGGUAAAAAUAACCCACUUAAAUCAAAGUGUGAAAUAUGAUAUGUCAAGAACUAUGUAAUGUUUUGAACAUUUUUUUUAAAAAAUACACAGUUCUAAGUGCUAUUAAAAGUUUAACCUGUACACUGUAUGAAAUAAAAAAAAGUUUAACCUGCAAA